AAAAGACUGCCCAGAGACACUGUGGAGUCUCCAUCCUUGGAGAUACUCAAAACCCAACUGGACACAGUCCUGAGCAGCCUGCUGUUGUUGAUCUGGCUCUGAGCAGGUCAGGGUGGAUGUAGAUGGUCCCUUCCCAACUCCUCCAUUGUUUGAUUCUGCAAGUCAUUUCUCUACAAUGCUUCAGCAGAUCUUGAAAGAGCUGUCCUUAGGGUCUGUCUGGCAGGUCUGCAGCUGUUUAACACUCUAGUACUGUUAGCUUCCCCCCAGUAGUAGUUUGGCACACUCAAUACUGAAAUGCUCACUCGGGAUGAGUGUUUUGCAAUAGGAACAAGGAAAUUUCUCAAGUAAACAUGCUGUGAUUUGUCAAUGAAUUGCGUAACUUCCAUUUUAUUGCCAGUAAAGUAGGUUUCUUUAAAAAACAAUUAUUUCAUCAGGUUCUCUUUGUAGAUUGGUUGGUUAUAUUAAGAAACAUCAACCUCUUCCUUUAAAUACUGUGGUCAUCAUGAUAGUCUUCAAAGAGUGGUGGUAAGUUCUCUGUGCAGGGCAACCAGUGACCUAAGGAAGCUGAGGCAGCAACGGUAUUAGAAGAAACCAGUCUAACACUGAACAUCAAGAAAGAGAAGGUUGAUGCUGGAAAUUACUAUCCUGGAUGGCUGCUCUUAGAAGAAAGCUAACUGUAGUUGGAGAUGACCGCUGCGGUAAGACAUGCCUCCUCUUUGCUCUGCGUCACGAACAACUUCCCAAGUCCUACGAGCCAACUCUCUUUGACGCUUACACCGCUGACACAGAGGUAGACGGGAAGGAGAUGAAACUAAUUCUCUUCGAUGUGGCAGGGAAGAAUGAAUCCAGUUACCGAAAUCUCCGUUCAGUGUUUUACAAGGACACCGACAUUAUUUUAAUGUGCUUCUCCGUGGACAGGCCUCACUCACAGCAAAACAUCCUUGAUUUUUGGGUUCCAGAAAUCAAACUGUUCUGCCCCACAGUACCUAUUAUUCUGGUGGCUACCAAGAUAGAACUAAGGGGUAAUGAAGGCAUUAAGAAACAGCUAACUACUCCAGGCAAUGAGCCAAUUAACACUACAGAAGGAAAAGCUUUAGCUGCCAGCAUUGGGGCACAUGCUUACCUGGAGUGUUCUGCCAAGACAAAAGAAGGUGUUGAUACAGCUCUGGAGAUUAUUAGCCAAUGCGCAUUAAAUGAGAAAAGGAGGAGAAAGAGGCACUACAGGCGCUGCCAAAUUUUGUAAGAGGAGUGAACAUCGUUUUGUUGUUGGAUUUCAUGAUGUGGAAAGCACUUGCAGGCAGAAGACAUAAAGUAAAUGGAAUGCCAACAACCACACUCUCAGCUUUGCUAGUCUGGAAAGAGACAUGCUUCAACCUAAGCAGAAAAUCUCGGAGAGGUACAGAGAUGGACCAAAAUGGAAAGACUGGGUGCGUCUCCAUGCUGCUCCCUUCUCUGAAGCACUGAUUGCUGGCAGCCCAAUGAACUGAGAUAUGGACUGAUAUUAAAGGUGCAAGUCUGGGAGCAGUCAUAUUAUCUAAUAUGACUGCAGGAUUUGAGGGCACAUGCUGUAACACAGCAAGCAGAGAAAUGUUUUAAGGUAAACCCCUUCUGAUCCUGAAGUAAAGGUACAGGGCUAACUGAGCAUAAUUGUCACGAACUAGGAGAACAUGGAAGUCUAUCGCUUUCUUUUGCUGACUUACUUGGUGGUGGUUUCAUCACUCUGGAAGCUUGGUUACAGUUUCCCAGGGGGAAACAAAGUGAGAGUAAAUGCAACUUUCUAAACUGAUUAUACCUCCUGGCGCUGUACACUUAGCAAACUAGCUUUUCUAGGUGAGAGACCUAGUAAAAUACACACUUAAGAUGUUUUCUUACCCAUUCUUCCCACCAGUAUUUGUCUAUUGAUGGUCCCAUGGGUAGAAAUACUAGGAUUGGCCAAGUAUUUACUAUUGGAUGGGUUGCUGCUUUCAUUCUACAUCACUUUUUAUUAGCCGAUUUGAAAUCCACAGUCACACUGUGGCAUAAUAACAAACACUUCAAGGAUGACACUUUACAUUUCCAAAAGUACCUUUCUUCCAAGAAUCUCUGAGCACUUUUCAACAUGAAUUACCAACCCACCUCUUUGUGUUAAGUAGGUGUUAUUUACAUUUUCAAAACUGAGAACAUUAAACUGCUGCCUAAAGUGACUGUGAACGAUCUACUUCUUGGAGCUUUGUUUUCCGUGCCCUUUCCCUUUUUCCUCCUGGACCAUUCUUAACCACAAUUUCCUCUCCUCUCUGUCUAUAAUAAUCCCCUCAAUGCAACCUGAUAUUGUACCCAAAGUUUAAAACUCUUCUACCCACACAACUUGGAUGUGAGUGUGUGCUGUGCAUAAGUGCUCUCCUGAUUCAGGUAAUAACAUACACCAGUGCAUUUCAAAGAGCUGUAUUUAUGUAGAUAGGUUUAAAUUGUUAUUUCCAUUUUAUAUGUGUAUGUGUGGGUGGGAAGGAUUAGACUGCAGAUAAGUUAAAGAACACAGGUGUCUCAGGUGCCUCUGAUGUGGGUUAUUGAAUUGGAGAGAGGCAGUUUUGAAAAGAUGCUAAAGCACUUAUUGCUCCCAGUACCUGGAGAGUUCAGACCACUCUGGCGAAGCUGAGCUUACACUGCCUGUCGCUUAGUAGGACACUGGUCAGCGUAUUGACUGGCGUCUGUUUUUAGUCUAAAUACUUGUUUAAGUAUUUUCAUCCAGAAGGGUGCUUUGUUCAAGAUAAAGGUAACUGGUUUCACUGCCAGUGUUCACUGUAUGUAUCUCUCAAUUAAACUGUCAUUACACCAAUCUCAGUUUCUAUUUCUUAACAUUAACCUUUUUAUUGUUUUUAUGUGAAAUAAAAUGU